GGAUAUCUGUCUAAUUAUGUGAUUGGUUUUUAUGGGUCUUAUUUUUUUCAAUAAAUAGAAAGUUUUCAAAAUGACUUAUGACUUAAAGAAUGAGGAUGAUGUAAAGGAAUAUCUGAAGAACCUUCACACGGAAUAUAGUUUUGGUUGCUUCAGUGAAAAAAAUCCAGAAGUGUGUCAUCUCCUCGGUGAAUAUUAUGAAGCUAUAAAAAGGGAUUUUAAAAAAAGUGCCGAGAUCCACAAAAACAAUUGUGAUAAUUUUGAUUAUGGGAGAAGUUGUACAAAAUACGGCCGAUUAAGUGUCAUCGGUGAGGGUUGCAAAAAAGAUGCAAAGACAGCCUUCGAAUAUAUGAGAAAAGGUUGCGAAUUAAAAGAUGGCGCCGGAUGCCUCUAUGCCGGAUUGUUGGCUUGUUCCAAAGAUGACGUCGGAAGGCCCGACAAAAAAUUAUUAGUUAACGAAGGAGUUGCUAUGAUGGACAAAGCCUGCAGCGAACUCAACGAGCCCAGAGCCUGCUUCUAUUUGUCUACAAUUUACCUCGGCGGCAUUUCCGGCUACUUUGAAAAAAACUUGCGGAAGGCCUACAAGUUGUCAUUGAAAUGUUGCGAAAAUGGAAAUCCUUAUGCCUGUGCAAAUAUUGCGCAAAUGCACGCUCGCGGAGAAGGAGUCGAGAAGAAUAAAGAAUUGGCCGACACUUUCCGAAAACGAGCUGUAGAACUCGAAAAUGAGAUGAAGAGCAAUCAAGGAAUUCAAUUUCAACAGGGAAUUGACACAUGAUAGGCAUUUAGUUUAUAUUUUAAGAUAGAGAAUAAAAUAUAUUGGAUUUCGAUUAAGA